AGUGAGUAUCCAGGCCAAUCCCAUUGCACGAUGUGAGUCCUACUAGGCGGGAUAUGCUGGAAAACGGGUGUGAAACGAAGCGCCCCGGAGGGUGGCGAUGUGAGUACGGGGAGCGGGGGAUCAGCCUGUUGAAUGUUCGGGAUGACAGCUGAUUCCUGUGCGGCGCAGACGCCAAACACAGCGAGGGAAUCAUCUGCCAGCGGGUCAACACAUAGCUGAUAGCGCUACAAAGCUUUCCUCUGCUUAGAUAGAUUUAUGGAUGGCAGAAAGCGAGGAGCGAUCAAGCUGUAAAUAAGUGGACUUAAAGGAAGCUUAACGCCACAACAGCCUUUCUUUCUCCACCAGGUCCCUGUUUCUCACACAGGUGAUGUGUGAACAUGGAGGCAGGCUCUGUGGUGCGUGCUGUGUUCGAGUUCCUGCCCAGUGUCUCAGAGGAGCUUCCCCUGUUUGCUGGUGAUGUUGUUGAAGUCCUUAGCGUUGUGGAUGAGUUUUGGUUGCUCGGGAUCAAAGAUGGAGUUACAGGCCAGUUUCCUACCACGUUUGUUGAAUCUGUCACUGUUCCUCCUACGAAGGCAGGAGAGCAACUCUAUGUAUGUAUAAGUGACUUCAACUCCUCUGAGACGGGCAACCUACCCCUAAAAAGAGGUGAUUUGGUGGCUGGAGAAGGGAAUGUAGAUGCAGUUUGGCACCGGGGUCGGAAUGCCUGGGGCUCUCGUGGACUUUUCCCCUUAUCCUGUGUGAAGGAUCUAGAGUUAUCAGGCCGUUCUAGACAGCUGAGUGAGCGCAGUGCAGCUGCCCAUGAUUCUGAACUGCCUCCUUAUGCCCUGGGCCAAGGUCGUGCUCUCAUGAGCCUGCACGCCCAGCUGGAUGAAGAGCUUGAUUUUCGUGAAGGUGACAUCAUUACUAUAGUGGGCAUUCCUGAGCCAGGUUGGUUCCAAGGUGAGCUGGAAGGUAGGAGAGGAAUCUUUCCUGAGGGAUUUGUAGAGCUACUUGCACCUUUGCGCUCACUCCAGCUUGUAAAGCCUAUCAGCAUUAGACAGGGUCCCUAUUCCUCUUGCAGAAUGGAGGAAGAGGAGGAAAAGGAGGAGGAAGAAGAAGAAGAAGAGAGUGUGAAAGACAGUAUAGAAAUGCAGACCCAGGAAGAAGAUAAAGAGGAAGAUGGUGUGUUUGGAAUUGCACAGUAUGAGUUUCGAGCUCUGGAGCCUGGGGAGCUGGACUUUAAUGUGGGGGACAGGAUACAAAUACUCAAAACGCUAGAGGAUGGCUGGCUUGAAGGGCAGUUGCAUGGCAGAAGUGGUAUUUUCCCCCACCGCUUUGUUAAGAUGGAGAAACAAUUAGAGGAACCAGUGCCAACUGCUAGUGAAAAAAAUAGCACCUUUGACGAAGAGAAAGACGACAAUUAUGCUUCUGAGUAUAGCUGUGGUCCAGAAAAACAUGCAGUACCAGCACAUGAUAAUGAUGGUACCAAUCAUGAGGACUACACGGUGUGGGAUCUAGAUUACUUUGAGACAAGAGAAAAAUGCAGAGAGGCCUGUUUGAGGGACACACAGCCAGAAAUCAGCUGUCAAGACAGAACAACAGUUCAGACCCUGCCUCAGAAUCAGUCAGGUCCCAGGAGACAAGAGAGACCACCACCGCCGUUUGUCCAUCCCAGUAAAACAGGCAAUUCAGGCCCCAGGACACUUCAGAAAACUAACUCAGGAAAUCUGAUUCCACCCAGACCACAGCUGCCUCCUCGCCCCAGCCUCCAUAAUAGACGGAACAGCACCAGCAAUCACAACAGCCCUCCUGAACCACCUGUCCCCAACACCAGGAACGCCAGUCUUAAUCGAUCUUAUAGAAUCUCCUCAAGCCUUCGAAGCAAUUCCUCCUGGACCAGAAACAAAGGCUACUAUGCCUCUCAUGACAGCAGAAACCCUUUCAACAGCAAAAGAUCAGCCAGUCAAGCAAAGGACAGACAGAAUAAGUUAACUCGCCAUGCAAGCGUCAGCGAUGCUGACCUUGGAAAUUAUGGGCAUAGUGAGCAUAAUAUAUGGUCUCAGGAGCCGGGCACUAAUGGUCUGGAAGCCUCUCACACAAUAGACUGUUUGUCAGGUGACCUGGAAUCCAAGCUGACCCAGCAGCUCCUGGAGUUUGAAAGGAGCCUUCCGGGCAGGUGUGGAGAAAGUGAGGAGCAGUCAGUGCGAAACAAUCAAUGCAGAGAGAAGUUUUCCCGGCACUUUUCUAUCAUGGACUACAGUAGUGAGAGUGAUAUCCUCAAAGGCUCUUACCACUCCUUGUCCCAUGAUUCACCUCCUUCUAGCCCCAACUCCUCUCUAGAAAGGCGGAAAACAUUGCGUCCUCCACCUCCUCGUCCCAGGAUUCUAAGACCACCAGCACCUCGUGGUUGUCAUGGUCAGUCUUCUCUUAGCAACGAUCAAGUUCCUCAAAAGCCCUACAGGCCAAUGCGACUAGCUCCACGGCCACCUCCCCCUUGUAACCGACCCCCUAUGCAGCACUCCAACCUCUUGGUGUCAACAGUGGAAAAGGAGGGUACACAGCAGGAAAAGGUGGAGGAGGCUGAAGAUGCUCUAGAGAGGGAAAGAGAGAUUGAGCAAGAGAGGGAAAGAGAGCAGGAGCAGUAUAGACUUCUCCUAAGACUUGAGGAAGUUGAAAGAGACAUUGACAUGUAUACACACACAGCACAUGAGUUAAGCGCCAUGCUAGAGGAAGAGGGAGAGGAGGAUGAAGUGGCCCGUCAGCAGGCCCUGGAGAAUCUGGAGUUCUGCAAUUACACUGUGGAGACUCUCACCCUGGAGCAGCAGCAAUUGCAAGAGAUGACUCUGCUGUCAGCCCAGCCUAAAUCUCUAGAACCAGCCCCAGCCUCUGCAGGCACCACCGAGGAUCCUGAGCAAAGAAUGCUAGAGAAAAGAUCAAAGGUCAUAGAGGAGCUCCUGCAGACUGAGAGAGAUUUCAUUAAAGACCUGAAUAUGUGUAGGACAGAAAUCAUCCUACCCCUGCAGAGAAAACAGGUCCAGAAUAUAGACUUUGAUGGGCUCUUUGGCAACAUCGACUCUGUAAUCGAUCUCUCCACACGUCUUGAAAAUGAUCUUCAGAACACUGAUUCGAUAGGAAAAGUGUUCCUGGACUUCAGAUCAGAAUUGGAGCAGGUGUACAAGGUGUACUGUCAGAAUCAUGACGAUGCUAUUGCAUUGCUGGAGUCCUAUGAAAAAGAUGAAAAUAUUCAGAAACAUGUGCUGGAGUGCCUGGAGAACCUCAGAGCGAUAUACCAUGAGUGGGGCAAGACGAACUACAUAAAUCUGGGUUCGUUUCUGAUAAAGCCUGUACAAAGGGUAAUGCGUUAUCCACUGCUGCUCAUGGAGCUUUUAAAUGCCACACCAGAGUCGCACCAUGACAGGAAGCUGCUGGCAGAAGCAGUGUCAUCUGUCAAAGGAAUCAACGUCAACAUCAAUGAGUACAAAAGAAGAAAGGACCUGGUGGUGAAGUACCGCAAAGGGGAUGAGGACAGACUCAUUGAUAAGAUCUCCAAACUAAGCAUGCAUUCCAUCAUCAAGAAAUCAAACAGAGUGAGCAGUCACCUCAAGCAUCUGACUGGAAUUGCGCCACAGAUCAAAGAUGAAGCAUUCGAUGAGGCGGAGAAGAGAUUCAGAUUCCAGGAGAGAUUGAUUAAGUCUUUCAUCAGAGAUAUCUCUCUUUAUCUGCAACACAUAAGGGAGUCAGCCUCUGUGAAGGUGCUGUCAGCCAUCAGCUUCUGUGAUAUCUACACAGAGCGACAACAGCAUUUGGAUCCUGAGUCCUUCCAGAAAGCUCAUCGGUGCAUCAGUGACGAACAGUUCGCCGGAUUUAAGGAGAGGACGGAGGCUCUGGUCAUCUUUCCCCUCACCCAGCUUCUUUCCAUGUUUGCCGGUCCACACAAACUGAUCCAGAAGCGUUUCGACAAGCUGCUUGACUAUGAUAACUGUAAGGAGAGAGCCGAGAGGUUGAAAGACAAACGUGUGCAGGAAGAGCUGCAAACAGCACGGAACAACUACGAGGCCCUGAAUGCCCAGCUGUUGGAUGAGCUUCCCAAAUUUCAUCGUGCUUCGGAGGAGCUCUUCACCAACUGUAUGCGGGGCUUCGCCCAGGCACAGAGAGACUUCAUGUUUUUUACACUGGGAGAGCUCACCCCACUUCUGCAGCUGUCUGGUAUCGGAGGAACAGAGGGAAACCUGGUGUCCCUGUUUCAAGAAGACCACAGCAGGGUGCUCCAGCUUUUACAGAGCUUCAGCUUCUUCCCAGAGAACCUGCCCACACCACGCAAAGCCAACGAGAAGAAAACCCUGGAGAAACAGACUACCAAGAAGCAGCUGCUAAGCCCUCCAAACUACAUAAUGCAGACUGAUGAGCAUCGUGCAGGGCUACUUGCUCUGUACGGCCCAGAGAAACUAUUCCAAGCUGAAAGGAAUUUUAAUGCUGCACAGGACCUGGAUGUGUCCAUAUUGGAGGGAGACAUAGUGGGAGUCAUCAAACAGCAGGACCCCAUGGGUAGCCAGAAUCGUUGGCUUAUAGAUAAUGGUGUCACAAAGGGCUUCGUUUACAGCUCCUUCUUAAAGCCCUAUAAUCCACGACAGAGCCAUUCAGAUGUUUCCAUUGAAAGUCAGUCUUCCAAUGAGUCAGGAUAUGGUGGCUCCUCGCCCGUGUUCUCACGCCAAAACAGCAACAGCACGCUGACAUUCAACCAUGAGACAUCUUCCGUCAGCUUCUCUUCAGGACACACUUCAAACCAUACAUCACAACGCCUGUCACAGGACUCUAAUUCUACCCACAGGAUCCCCCCCAAUGAUUCUCCCUUGCCAAACUAUUCUAACACUAAUCAGAGGGAUACCCUUGACUCCAGUUACAAAAAUUUCUCUCACCAGAAAGAAUUGUCUGAGACUGCUGUUCAUAAUGCUGCCAAUCACAGGGACUAUUCAGAGCCUUUAUACAGAAAUCCCGCCAAUUACAGAGAAUCCAGUUACACUACACCAACUAAUCACAGGGACUCCACAGACUAUACAGAAACAGACACUUGUUCCUCCAAUAAGAACUCCAGACACAGAGCCUAUGGUUCUUAUCAGAGACAGAACAGCGAGAGUUCAGUGCAGAAAAGGAGACCUCAGUACCCUGCUGAUGAGUACAUAGAGUCUGACCAUGAGCAGGAUGGCCAUCAGAUAUAUUAUGCUCUUUAUUCAUUUAAUGCACGCUGUGCAAAUGAGCUGAGCAUUUCGGCCAAUCAGAGAGUCCGAAUCCUAGAGUUCCAGGACAUGAAUGGCAACCAGGAGUGGUGGCUGGGUGAAGCCGGAGGACGGCGAGGCUAUGUACCUUCAAACUACAUCCGCAAGUCAGAGUACACCUGAGUAUCAGAGUAUCAGAGUUGUACAAGAGGCUGAGAGAUUUCCAGCUACCCCAGACCACCACAAAUAAGCUGAACUGCAGAGCCACAUGGAAGAAAGGACAAUAAUGUGUUUUUACUCUGUGAGAAAUAGAUUGAUGUGGUGAAUAAGUAAACAGUUUAUUGCUGCUUAUGGAAACAAAAUAUGACAUAUGCACUGGCUUUCCUUUACAUUUUGUCAUUGACUUUACAUCUGAUCUCCUCAUUUAGGCAUUUUUGAAACGCAAUUAACACUUUGCAUUUUGAGUAUGCAGAAAGAAUGCGAUGACUGACUUGUGUGAAAGCAUUGGUUAUUUUUAGGUGUCUAAGUGAUCAAUGAAUGCCUGUAUUGGAGUUGUGCAGGAGAAGUCCAAAAAUGAUCCUAGCACUUAACACGUGUGCUAAAGAAAGUAGUGGAAAUGUAAUGAUGUGGUUGGAUAUGUCAGCAUAACACUAGCUUGAAUGUUUACUAAAGAGAGUAAAGUAGUGAGAAAGUAUAGGUGCAUGGAAAAUAGAAAACAAAAAGAAUGGUUUGAGCAUCUCAUUUUGGAGACAUCUAGACGUGCUUGUUGGACAAUCAGAUACAUCCCUUAUUCAAAUGUGUAUGUGAACACAAACCAAUCAUGGAGUGUGCAAAUCUUUAGUCAAACUCGGAACAAAGCUCAAAAUAUGCUGAAUAAUAUUUGAUUCAGAAUAAAAUGUGACAAAUGUCUUUUUUAAAUACAAUACAUAGAAUAUUUUUUACUUUUUCACUUUUUGACUACAGUGUUUCCGAUGAUUACAUGUUAAUGGGGUUAUGACCCAGAGCCACACACUGUAGGUAUUUGAUCAAUAGUAAAUUCAUUCAUUGGUAUUAUGUGGUCCUAGUGAUCUCUUUGAUGUUAUCCACUUUAACACACUAUUGGUCACUUUCAUCAUAUUCAUCUCUGAUGCUGUAUAGUAACCAUGAAUAUACUGUACUCCAGUCACAAGCAAUCACUUCCUUUCUCAUCUGAAUAAAACACCUAGAAAACUAA